AUAGCGGCCACCACUCACUCUCGCCUCUCGCUUCUCGCCUCUCUCUCUCUCUCGUCUCUCUUUCCCAUCUGCAACAAACACAACGAACAAAGAAGAACAGAAAAAAUUGCCUUCUUCCUCUUCUCUCUCAUUCUUCCUCUUCUUCCUACCUAGAAAACGAACACCUAAUCGAGACCCUUCUCCUCUCCUCUAGCCGCCUUCUCUCUCUCGAUUCUCUCUUCCACAACCAACAUGAAAAACUCGCCCUGAAAUCUCCUCUCACCUCUUCUAUGUCGAGACCAAAUGGAGUCCGGUGACCAAAAAGAUCCACGAUAAUUCCAACCCGAAGGUCGCCGGUGGCGUGAACGACGAAGGUGAGUUUUUUAGGUUGCAUGCUUCAUUUUCUUUGGUUUCGGCUUUGAGUUUUUAGGGUUUUCGGAAUUAUAAUCUCCCUUUUCGGUUUUACUUUCGAAAAUUGACCGACCACCGAGAGGGGCUUCCCGGUAUGCUUCCUUUAUUUCUCGAUCUAUCCGUCAUAGGUGGCACGACGGCCACAAUGAAACGACCUUACCCUCUGGUAAGCCUCUCUUAACAUGCAUGUUUAGAUAAAAAAUUUCUCAUAAAAAGUUAUUUUAAUCUUGAUUUUGUUGGUUUUUGGUUCAAGCAGAAUUCUAAUUUUUCUGGGUUUUAGUUUUGGACUAGGGAUUUGGUCGAGGAGAGGAAAGAUAGAGAGGGAGCCGUCGGUGAUGAGGUUAUUUCAUCAAUGCCAACGAGAUCUAGGUUAGGUUUAGAUUUGCAUGUAGAGUUUUUAUUUUUAUUUUUGAGUCCAAAGACGAGUUUCUAGUUAUCUUCUUUUCCUUGAUAUUGGUUUUGGUGGCGGCGAGACCCUUGUGGGGACAACCUUGUCUCAAAAUGAAAGGUAAUAUUUUGACUCCUAAAUUAACGUUAAUCUGUCGUUUUUAUUUAGUAAUAAAUAUACUCAAAUCUAAUUCAAAGCUUUAUUCUUCUUUCUUGCGGGUUUUGGGAAAGGCAGAACUUAGGUGAGGUUCCUCUAAACCCGAGAGAUUAAUCUAAAAAUGAUUUUUUUUUUUGGUUAAUUGUUUCUAGAGUUGCUACCAGAUCCGGGGUUUUGAAAAAUGGUUAUUUUAUGUGCUUUGGGCUCUUAUUUUGCAAGUUAAUUUCAUAAAAACAAAGUAGUUUAUAAAAAGUCUAGAUCAUUCAUGAUCACUGCCACUGCUUGCGAUCACUAAACUAAAAUAAACUAAAGUUUCCAGCAAUGUGGUUUGAUUGGGAUUUUGUGAUUUAUUAAUUUGAAAGCUAAUGAGGGUUUUAUGAAAAUAAAAUAUGUAAUAAUAUAGCGAUAUGUAGAUCUAAAUCUAGUAAAUCGAAUGUAGGGUUUCAAAGCUGAUUCCAUAUUCUAGGGUAGCAAACUCUGCAUAUGUGUGUUGUAUAUGUGUUUGAUUAUACGUGUGAUGCAUGUUUGGUUAGGUUCCGGUGUUUGGUUGUGAUCUUCAUAUUUGGGUUUGGAAGAUGGAUGGUUUUAAUUAUGAUAAUCUUAAAUCCGUAAUUGGAUCUAUGUGGUAUAUAUAUUGGAUUUAUGCUGCUCCUAUAAUACGCAUAUGACAGUAGUAGUGUUCGAAUCUAUUUUCUAUAAAAGUGAAGGAAUUUAAAUGUGGUGAAAAUUAAGUUGGACAAAAUAUAUAGCUCGUAGUGAAGGUAAGCUCGCAAAAAUAGUACGCACCCGAGCAGAAAUCGUAUAAACGGGAAUAGACUAUGAAAGCAAGUUGAUAAUCGGUAUGUAGUUCAUCGUACAAAUUAAAAGUUCUUGGCAACAUGGAUUAAGUAGUACAAAUCACCAACCUCAGAUUCGAAGAGCAACACUCCUUUCGUUUCUGUUUUGGCUACUCUAUUUGGCUACUCGUUGUGAAAGAUCGAUCAUCCUCAUCGUGCUUUGAGAAAUUUGGAUCUCUAAAUCCUUAGCCUUCAACUUUUACCCGCUCUAAACUGGAGAUUUUUCUAAAAAAGGAAAAAAGCAAAGAUGUUUCUCCCUGUCUUUCCAGUGUCUCCACUCACCAAAAGCCAUCCCCAAACUAAGAGCCCAACGUGCUUUUUACUAGCAAAAGAAAGUGCCAUGUGUCACUUGGUCAUUGGCUGAUUUUUAGGCUGAAAAUGUCGUCCUUUUUUAUUAGAUGGAUUUUGAGGCUGCCAAUGAGCCUCCACCUUGCUUUGUCGGUUCUAACUGGUCAGAGCCGAUUCUGGAUAAUGUUGGCACAUGGCUUCAGGCCGAGUUGGGUGAGUUGGGCCUAGAGUUGUGGACCGAUCUGGUCUUUGUCCGGGAUCGUAAUGGGCCGAGUUUGUCUACACCUUGGGCUUGCACUUGCAUCUCGAAUUUGGCCUUCAACUUUGCUUUAACUUGUCUUGAAGUUGGGCUGGGCUGAUCUGAUUUUAUUUUAUUUUGCAGGUUGCUUUUACUGAUUGGGCCUCAAGGCUUCAAGUGAUGGGUCAAGCUUGGAUAUAAAUAAAGUUUCAGCCCAUUGUAUUAGGGAUUGCUUAGUAGUAUAUGUAAAUCCGAAUUUUGUAGCGGUGUUACAUGUUGGUAAUGGAUUUCAAAUUUGUGAACGAAAUCUUAUCGUCCUCGUCUUCCCAUAUUGAACAAAUCCUCUAAUACAAGACAUAACUUCGUCUCAUACUUCGACCGUCAUUUGCAAGUAAUUUUAUUUGAGUUCAAGCGCACUCUACUUCGAUUGCUUGACGUCUUCAAGGUAUGCUUUCAACCUGGACAAAAUGUGGUGUCUACACUAAGAGAGCUACCUUGGUAGCUUUAUCUGAAUUCCUUGGCCUAGGGCCCGAGAGAGUGAUGUUCCAUCACUAACUACACUUCACUUACGAUUCUCUAUCACCUCCACCAUGCAUAUUCAGUCAUUCCGACAAGUCAUGGUAGCGAGUUCGGGGGAGCUACAUCCGGGUGAAUCCUUCUCAUUUAAGAGUCAAAACCAAUUACUUUUACAACCGCUUUGAUAGUAGAUCGUAGUUUUCAAUCAAACAGCCAAUUGCUAGAUAAUGUUUCAAACAAUCGAAGUAGGGGCACAUGGACCGGCCCGGGUUGAUAUUUAAAUAUACUUGCCCCAUAUUGCACCCAGUUAAGGUUUAUACUUGGGCCUUAAUUGGGAGUUUUGUUGUGAUAUUCGAGACGAUUCAGUCAUCGGUCAACUUGUUCAUGAACAUGGCGCGUCGAAUUGGGGAUCCACGAGGUCGAAUUCGAAGAUUUUGAGCUCAAAGAAGGAAUUUGGCGAAUUAUUCGCAUCAUGAUCGUGAGUGAGUAUGUUGGAACUCUCGUGAGUCAUGAAUUCAUAAUCGAUUUGAAUAUGGCACUUAGAGCAGGCGACGGCGAUGGUGGAAGCGAGGAAUGAGGGUUUUGAUUGGGAGGUAGGGUUUUUCAUUCGAGUUAAAUAGAAGAAGAAGAGGAAGGGCCAGGUCACAAGUUGGAUUUGUGUAUCUUAUGUGGCGGGUUUUAAUGAUGUUGCGGGUAAGAUUUUAAAAAAAAUUCCGUGUUAAAAUUGAUUGAUUAUGCAUUUUUGUUAGGUAUAUCAUUAAAAAACUGACGUCUUUAACAAAGAGUGAUAUAAGAU